GCCGCUGGUUUUUCACUCGCCUGGGUUUGCUCCCGAAUUUCGGCCUAGCUAUCCGUCUUUUGGUAAGGAGCUACUGUUGUGUGUACUUUAGCUAGCUGCAAUCCAGCUCAUUGCCAAUUUUCUUUCGAGGUUCCACGGGACGGCCACAACUCUGACGUUGUCACCUUCACGUGACACUCCGUGUCUGUCUUGUCCGCACUGCUGAGUAUUGUGCUGGAGUCGCCACGGUCAAAACUUGGGUUUGUGGCCACAGUUAAUUAUGUUUCAAGUUCAACCUUCUGCACCCCCUCGGUCUCUAGCCAGCACUUCUCUGCUGACAGUCGUGGCUGAUAACAAGAACCUCACCUGUUCUUUCAGUCGCAGGCCCUCCACUGCGCUCUACCACUGCUCUGCUGUCACCACUGCCACCUGGGCUUCUCCAUCCUUUGAGAUAAGUUCA